GGUAGUCUGUGCUCAGAGACGACUCGGACAAAGACAACAUGCGGUGUCUAUUGAUAUUAGGGUCUUUGUUUAUAAUAUCGGCAACCUACUGUUUACCAUCGCCAUGUGAGAGUAACACAGAUCGAGACCCAAUUAUCGUAACAGACGAGCCGCCUGUGAUCCAGUCUGCGUGGGAUAAAACUUCUGAUGGGCCUCGAACGGAAAUUAUAUCCAAUGUUUCGAGAAAUUCAUCACAACUCAAAACCACAUCUGACACCAAAAGCAAGGAAAAGGUGAAGACCAAACAAAAGAAAGACGGCAGUACCGUGACCAUCAUAGUCGACAAAACCAAGACCAAAAAUAAAACGAAAGGAUUGACCGAUUCCUUCGACCAGACCAACCACACCAUCUUACAAGGCGAAAUCGAAGAACAAGACAUUUUAACAAAAGAAAAACAACAAAGAUUAAAAGAAAAAAGCGUUGCCAAGAACGUCACUCGAGAAAAGAUUGUAACUAACCCGGAUGGAACUAUUAAGUCAGACACGGUCAAAACAAAGGUUUCAGAGAAAGAUAAAAAGUCCGUAAAGACUAAACAAUCGAAGACUUUAUUGCGUACAAAGAAGACAGUGACCACCGAAGCGCCGGAAUGUAUUACUAUUACUCUACCGCCGACGCCGCCGUGUGAGACGCUGACAACGACAACUGAGGCGCCGGUGUGUAUAACAGUCCCGCCGACGCGGACAACGACCACUGAAACGCCGUGUAUAACCCUCCCGCCGAAGCCGCCGUGUGAGACGCCGACAACGACGACGGAACCGCCGCGACUGCCGUGCGGAUGCAAACGGACGACUACGACUGAAAAACCGGAGAAGUGGCCGUGUGGUCACCCUAAACCAACAGAUUAG